AUGGGUGGUGCACAAGACGUUCUCUCGCGCAAGACCGGUGUCAUCGUUGGCGACGAUGUGCUGAAGCUAUUCAACUAUGCCCAGGAAAACAAGUUUGCCAUUCCAGCUAUUAAUGUUACCUCGUCAUCCACUGUUGUAGCAGCUCUUGAGGCUGCUCGAGAUAAAAAGUCCCCUAUCAUCCUUCAAGCAUCACAAGGUGGUGCAGCAUACUUUGCAGGAAAGGGUAUUGGCAACAAGAACCAAGAAGCCUCUGUUGGUGGUGCUGUCGCUGCAGCACACUACAUCCGAUCCGUUGCUCCCCUAUAUGGAGUUCCCGUCGUAUUGCACACCGACCACUGUGCCAAGAAGCUAUUGCCAUGGCUCGAUGGCAUGAUGGACGCAGAUGAGGCCUACUUCAAGGAACACGGCGAGCCACUCUUCUCGUCCCACAUGAUCGAUCUGUCAGAAGAGGAGGUCGACUGGAACAUCGAGACCACUGCCAAGUACCUCAAGCGGGCUGCUCCAAUGAAGCAGUGGCUGGAAAUGGAAAUUGGUAUCACUGGUGGUGAAGAAGAUGGUGUCAACAACGAAGAUGUCGAUAACAACUCCCUGUACACUCAACCGGAAGACAUCCACAGAAUCUACAAGACUUUGAAGGAGAUUUCCCCAUAUUUCUCCAUCGCAGCUGGCUUUGGCAAUGUCCACGGUGUCUACAAGCCAGGCAACGUCAAGCUUCACCCAGAACUCCUCGACAAGCACCAGAAGUACGUCAAGGAGCAGGAAAAGCUCAAGGAGGACAAGCCUGUCUUCCUCGUUUUCCACGGUGGCUCAGGUAGCUCGAAGAAGGAAUACCUCGACGCCAUCAGCUAUGGUGUCGUCAAGGUCAACCUAGACACCGAUCUGCAGUACGCCUACUUGACAGGUAUCCGAGACUACAUCCAGAACAAGCACGACUACUUGCAGAAGCAGGUAGGUAACCCUGACGGUGAAGACAAGCCAAACAAGAAAUAUUUCGACCCUCGUGUCUGGGUACGUGAGGGAGAGAAGACCAUGACUGCUCGUGUCGCCGAGGCGCUGGAUGACUUUAACGCUUCCAACAAGUUGUAA